ACAACAACACACCUUUCAACCAGCUAGAUGAUAUUUAUUUGGAAUGCUGAAGGCAAAAAGGUCAAAUUAAUAAGCAUGCAAACACACAUAGCUUUAAAUAAACACACACACAGACGCACGCACACAAAAAAAAAUUCCAAGCACAGAAAAUAGUAAUUACAUAAAGCAUUCAAAUAAUUAAUAGGGUUACAGCAUACAAAUAUGAAUCUAUUAAUCUUGUCCUUUACAAAAUCGCAAUUGAUUUGGCAAUAAAAGGGCCGAAGACUUGCUUUUACUGUGGGUAUAAUUCUGUGAUAAUUUUCAAGACCAAAAAAAAAAAAAAAAAAAAAGACAACAACUGGAAGCUUACGAAUGCAGAUGAGAAAUAUAUUGAUCGACCUAUCUCCCAGAUAUAUAUUAAUAAAUUCAACAACCUUUGGUACCCAGAAUGUCAGGCUUAAAAAGCUUUUAUCUAUCUAUAAUUCAUACGUACAUUCGUCCAGAAUUAUAACUACAAUGGUGGAAUUCAUGAAUGCACUUAUCUAGCAAAGUCUAGCGUAAAAUUAUCUAGCUGUACACCUCAGCACUACUUUUUUAAUAGAGGUCCUCUGUUAGCGAACCUUGUGAAUUCGUUUGUAUUGGAUUUUCAUAAAACACAUUUGUUAGUGCUGAUUUGUUCCCCAUUAAGUUAACAUAAACGGUGAAAAUUCACUUAAAUACAUAUAGAAAUGCUUAAAAGAGCAAUCUGUUUAUCGUUGAACUUGAAUUGAGCAUUUGGUUCUAAAAAAAGGCAGCUAUAUAUGCAAACGUGCCUCGACAAAGUGUUUCUUAAAUAAGGUACAAGUCCUCUGAAUACUGCUUUAUGUGUGUUUUCAUAUUUAUUUGCGUCCAGUAAAAAGGGGCGUUUAAUGUUCAAGUUGUAUUUUGCUAGUCUUGGAAUCAAUUUCAAGUCCGUGUUCUGGGUGUCGCUGUCGACCACUUCUGAGAUCCCAAUUAAGCGUAAUGCAUCCACGUGACGAGCGCGGAGGCUGCGUCUCAAGGCCAUUUUCAAAUUUCAUUGGCGAGGUCGUCAUGCGGUAGUAGAGAGGCAUCUGGAGUAACACGGGGAUUGUUAGAUAUGUCAGCCUACAAAGGACAUCUCUCUUCUCUUUAAAAUCUCUCCAAAAUGUCCUUUCCAAACAGCUCUCCCGCUGCUAAUACUUUUUUAGUAGACUCUCUGAUCAGUGCUUGCAGAACUGACAGUUUCUACUCCAACAGCAACAUGUAUAUGCAAUCCACAGCAGAAAUGGAAACUUAUGGAAUGCAAACCUGUGGACUUCUGCCGUCUCUCGGUAAAAGGGAAGUUAGCCACCAACAUAUGGGCAUGAACGUCCAUUCUUAUAUACCUCAAUUUGAUAACUGGGCAGAUCCGAACAGAACGUGCAGAACAGAACAACCGUCCACACAGAUACCCACCUGCACGUUCUCACAAAACAUAAAAGAAGAAAGUAAUUGCUGCAUGUAUUCCGAUAAGAGAGCAAAGGUCAGCUCGUCCGAAAUCCCCACGUACGCUAAUUUGAUUCCCGAAUCUUGUUCAGCUGAUGGUCCCGAAAUUCCCGUUCCGGGUUAUUUCAGACUGAGCCAAACUUAUGCGUCUGGAAAAAAUCAGGAGUACAGCAACGAUUCGAGUCCAAGCAGACUCUUGCAGCUGAACCGAGUCGCUCCUAAGUCGCCACUAUCCUCUCCUGCCGGGGUGGAAAAGAAAAUAAGCGAAAAUCAGAAAAAACAAGAGACAACUGAAACACCAACCCGCGUGGACAGCCCAGAUCCCAAGUCGAGUCCUCGAGAGGAGAAAACGUGUUCUACUGAAGCGUCUACCUCAAGCCCCGAAUCGCAACAAAAGGAAGCGAAAGACAGUAAAAGUGAUUCUCCCAAGACCAGCUGGUUAACGACAAAAAGUGGUAGAAAAAAGAGAUGUCCCUAUACAAAGCACCAGACACUGGAACUGGAAAAGGAGUUUUUAUUCAAUAUGUACCUGACUCGAGAGCGCCGCCUAGAGAUCAGUAAAAGUGUCAACCUCACCGACAGACAAGUGAAAAUUUGGUUUCAGAACCGCAGAAUGAAACUGAAGAAAAUGAGCAGAGAAAACCGAAUUCGAGAACUUACUGCCAACCUAACUUUCUCGUGAGCAAGUGCACGAAUGCAUAUUUUUUUCUCUACGCUUUCCAUCGCAACUCUCUCAACAUAACUCUCAAUGGGGAACACUGGAAAUCUGUUUUUCCCUCAAAUUUGGAGACUGUGGCCUGUAUGCUUCUUUAUAUUUCUUUAUAUUUAGUUUUGUAUUGUAUUGUAUUUACCUUCUGGUCUAUCUAAAGUGAUACAUUGUGUAAUUUAAAUAUUGUCGUCACAGGGUAAUGAAGGACUGGUUUACGUUGGGGUUAAAUUAUUAGAGUGUUCCAGAAGAUCAAUCUGCGAGGUUUUUGUUUUCCAAAGCAAAGCUUUUGUUGCGAUUUUAUAUUUCAAGAACAUUCGUUUGAACAUUAAAGCUUAUUUAGUGUUUAUAAUCGUGCGAAAGAAGAGAAGAUUCCAUAAAAGUACACUCUUUCCAUUUUGAAUCAUUUUAACGUUAUUUGUAGACUAUGUUAAAUGUGGUAAGUAUUGUUAACAAAUGGAUCUAGUUUAAUGCAUGCUUUGUGGCACGUACACUGCAAUAAAUUGAAUAUUCACA